GUUGGGGACCGUAAUCAAGUGUACACACAGGAAAGCGGAAGCAAUAGAAAUGUUUACGAAGCGAUGAGGAGCCAUUAUUGUCGUUACAUAUGUGAUAAAACAACUGUUUUCAAGCCACAGACAGUGGAUAGGGGCGUUUUAUAAAUGCGAUUUAAAAAGAAAUUUUGACCGUAUCCGUUUAACAGGGAGAGAGUAUCGCGAGAGUAAUGUCGGCCAAAAUAAACACAAGUAGAGGGAAAGACAGCGGUGAAGUUAUUAGAAACUACCAUAAGCAGGCUUUUGAGUAUAUAUCGAAAGCAUUAAGGGUCGACGAAGAUGACACAGCUGAAAAGGAAGAGGCUGUGCAGUGGUACAAGAAAGGUAUUGCUGAGCUGGAAAAGGGUAUUGCAAUAGAGAUCACGGGACAAGCAGGAGAGCACUAUGACAGAUCAAAGAGACUUCAAGAUAAAAUGGUCAACAAUCUCACCAUGGCGAAAGACAGACUUUCCCUUUUAGAGGCAACACUGGCAUCUAAACUGAAGCAUGAUCCUAAGAGGACCUCAAAUCAUAAUGCUCUACAACCAAAGCCUGUUCCUAAAAGCCAGCCUGCAGUGCCUGCUGUGUCCACUAAACUUAGGCCCUCCACUGCUGUCAGACCUGUGGCUAGAACUGAUUCAAAGGUGACCCCGUGGAUGGGAAGAGCGCAAAAUGGAAAACCUGCAGCGGUGAAACAGACACCAAAGAGGGAUAUGAAAAACUUUAAGAAUGUGGACAGCAAACUGGCCAACUUGAUUCUGAAUGAAAUUGUUGACAGUGGAGGGUCUGUGUCCUUUAAAGACAUUGCGGGACAGGAUCUGGCCAAGCAAGCACUCCAAGAGAUUGUCAUCCUACCUGCCUUAAGACCUGAGCUCUUUACUGGCCUGAGAGCUCCGGCACGUGGUUUACUUUUAUUUGGCCCGCCUGGAAAUGGGAAAACCAUGCUGGCCAAAGCAGUUGCAGCUGAGUCAAAAGCCACAUUCUUCAACAUCAGCGCUGCCAGUUUGACUUCUAAAUAUGUGGGAGAAGGGGAGAAGCUUGUACGAGCACUUUUUGCAGUUGCCAGAGAAUUACAGCCCUCUGUCAUCUUUAUCGAUGAAGUGGACAGCUUGCUUUGUGAAAGGAGGGAGGGAGAACACGAGGCUUCUCGUCGAUUAAAAACUGAGUUCCUCAUUGAGUUUGAUGGGGUGCAGUCAGGAACAGAUGAUAGGGUGCUUGUAAUGGGAGCCACCAACAGGCCUCAGGAGCUUGAUGAAGCAGUACUGAGGCGGUUUGCAAAGAGGGUUUAUGUGGCAUUGCCAGAUGAGCAGACAAGAUUAACACUGCUGAAAAAUCUUUUGGGGAAACACGGGAAUCCACUGAGCAGAAGUGACCUGUCCAAUCUUGCAAAAGCGACUGCAGGAUAUUCAGGGAGUGAUCUGACAUCAUUAGCCAAAGAUGCUGCACUGGGGCCGAUAAGAGAGUUGGGACCAGACCAGGUCCGGCAUAUGGCUGCUAGUGAGAUGCGUAACAUCAACAUGAAAGACUUCCAGGAUUCCCUGAAGCGAAUCAAGCCCAGUGUUAGCCCAGCCACUCUUAAUAUGUAUGCCAAAUGGAACAAAGAGUUUGGUGACACAACAGCUUUUUAAACUUGACAUUUCAUUGUCACAUGUAAGAUCACUUGAUUCGUCUGUUUUGCUCUAAAAACGUCAUUAAUAUUAUUGAACCUAAACACCUGGAACAAACCCUUUGUGGGUUGGUAAAGCCUCAUAAGUAAAAUGUAUAAAUAAUAUGACAUUUGGCUGCAUCAAGGGUAAAUUUCCUGUUUUAUGGAAAGGCUUUCCUAAUAAGGUUCCUGACUGUAUAAUUAUGCACCUAAAACACUGUCUUGGUCCUUGAAAUUGCAUUAUUUAUUUGAUGUGUGAUGUACUGAGAAAUUACAAAUGACCUUUCUCUUGCCUCAAGGGGGCAGCAAGUUUCUAUAAAUCCUGACAUAACCUCGCCUGUUUAGAUAAUUUCACUCAUUCAUUAGUUACCUGAUAUGAUGACAUGUUGAUGGUAUUGAUCACCAAGUGCUCUCUGUGCUUGUACACAUGAAAGAGUGAUGAUUAUUGGGAGAUUUGCCAUGUGGUGCUUUUGUAUGAUAAAGUUUUUCCAUGUGCAUGUACUGUUUGUAGAUACAAAUGAACUUUUAUUUGAAAGUAGGGUCUAGGUAUUCCACUGCUCAGUUAUGACAUUCAGUUGAACCCCCACUUUCCUCAUGAAGCAAUAAAUACAUUUAUAAAAA